AUGAAACAUUAUUCACAUUUACAUUCAUCAUGUGUGCAUUUUCGAUCCCAUCCGAGCCGCCGAACUGCAUAUAAAAUAUUUGCGUUAACUGUUAAAAAACGUUUUACCAACCAGUGUUUGCCAAUUCUGCAUAAAUAUUUUCAGCUCCGCAAAGACGUUGUGCCCAAAACUGCAGAGAAUUUUCGCGCUUUGUGCACCGGCAAGAAAGGAUUUGGUUAUAAGGGAUGCACAUUUCAUCGUGUAAUACCGAAUUUCAUGUGCCAAGGUGGUGACUUCACAAACCACAAUGGCACUGGUGGCAAAUCCAUUUAUGGUGACACAUUCAAGGAUGAGAACUUUAAACUAAAGCACACUGGACCCGGCAUUUUGUCUAUGGCUAAUGCUGGGCCGAACACCAACGGCUCGCAGUUCUUUAUUUGCACCGUGAAGACAGCUUGGCUGGAUGGACAACAUGUGGUCUUUGGUCAGGUUAUUCAAGGCAUGGAAGUGGUAAAAGCCAUGGAAGCAUUGGGGUGUGCGAGUGGAGGACCCAUGAAGAAAAUAGUUAUUGCUGAUUGCGGUGAAAUAAAAUAGUUUACCGAACGAAUGUAAUUGGAUAAAGUAUUGUAAGCGGAGCAAAUGUGGUUUUGUGAUAGGCGCGACUGGAGCUUUGCCACAAUGGGCGUGAAACAAAUUCAUACAUACAUAUAUAGGUUUAUUAGAGUUGUACGCAUUGCAAGGCAUUCGAUUUAAAAUUUGAAACUAUGUAAUGUUGUAACAACUAUGUGAUAGAAACUGUUGCUUGGGAAAGAAAAUUUAUUUUAUGGCAGCCGAUUUAGGAAAUAAUACCAAAGGUUACAUCAAUUCAAAUAUUCCAAAAAGUAUAAAUAAAUCGUAAGAUAUACAUACAUA